UUAACAAAUUGCAUUUCGUUGCCAGAACUAGGUCGUUGUUGCCUGGAAAAGAGAAAAAAAAUACAAUUUGAGGGCAUUUCUCUCGAUGUGAGUCACAAGUUUGUGUCUUGAACGAUCACAUUCCAAAAACCGCGACACUAUGGACAGCCUGGAAAAGCAGCUAAUCUGCCCGAUCUGCCUCGAGAUGUUCACGAAGCCGGUGGUGAUCUUACCCUGUCAACACAACCUGUGUCGGAAAUGUGCCAAUGAUGUAUUUCAGGCCUCCAAUCCCUAUUUACCAACACGUGGAGGUUCUACAGUGAGCUCUGGUGGACGAUUCCGCUGCCCCUCCUGCAGACACGAAGUGGUUCUAGAUCGGCAUGGUGUUUAUGGACUUCAACGGAACCUGCUUGUGGAAAACAUAAUUGACAUGUACAAGCAGGAGACAAUCAGUACAAGCAAUAAAGCAGAGCCACAGCAGAAACCAACUGUGAUGAUGUGUGAGGUACAUGAGGAUGAGAAGAUCAAUAUCUAUUGUGUAUCCUGUUCUGUUCCCACCUGCUCCUUGUGCAAAGUGUUUGGUGCUCAUCAGAACUGUGAAGUUGCACCACUCAGUACUGUCUAUGAGACCCAGAAGACAGAGUUGUCAGAGGGUGUUGCUUUGCUUGUGGGAAACAACGACAGAAUUCAGGCCAUCAUCAGCCUGCUGGAGGAGAGCUGCAGAAUAGUGGAGGAAAAUGGGCGCAAGCAGAAAUCACAUGUGUGUGAAACAUUUGAUCACCUGUAUGCAUUGCUGGAAGAUAGGAAAGGAGAGCUGAUGCUGAAAAUCAGCUCUGAACAGCAGGAGAAACUCGAUUACAUCAAAGGUCUACAGCGCAGGUACACACAGCACCUGGACAAGAGUGCAAAGCUGGUAGAGACAGGAAUCCAAACCAUGGAGGAACCAGAGAUGGCCAUCUUCCUACAGAAUGCAAAACCUCUACUACAAAAAAUAGCAGAGGGCAAGAACACAUCUUACUUGGAGAAGCUGGAGCAUGGCUAUGAAAAUAUGGAUCAUUUCAUUGCCAGUUUUGAACAUGAGAGGAGAGCCAUCCUUAACAUUGAUUUCACCAGAGAUGAUAAUGAAGCUGGUCAUGAUCACGAUGAGGAGGAGGAGGAUCAUGAAGAUGAAGUAGUUAAUGACACAUGUGUCAGUGGCUUGACUCAUGAGUCUGAAGGAUUAAAGACCUCCCCUUUCAAGCAAAGCCCUAUCCUAACUCCAGAUUCACCACCAGUUGUGGAUAGUGUAUCUCAGCUGAGUACUGGGCCAAGCCCUGCCCAGAUACUGGACUCCAGUUCAUCGCAAACCACACCACCAACCACUUCCAAUCCUGCCCAAACAACAAUCACCAGUAUGUCACAGAAUACAUCCUCAGUCACACCUACUACAAGCACAACCCCCAGCACCUCAGAAAAUACAGCCACAGAGGGGUCUACCAACCCCAGUGCAGGAAUUACCAAUCACAGCUCAGAGGGUCUUCCACGGCAUGUUUUCUCCUUUUCCUGGCUUAAUACACCUAAGUAAGAUUUCUGUCCUAAAUGGGAAAAGUCCUCCCAGAUUAUGUUUGUUAACCAGGAAUUCAGCAGAGAUUACAUGGCAAAGUUCCUUUGUGUCAUUUUGUGAUUUUUCUACAAGGACGGUUUAUGUCCACA